AAGAAUGGAGAGAGAGAGAGAGAUACUGAAGUGAUGGGGUUUUCAAGAAUGGGCAGACAAGAGAUAUUGCUUGUUUAUCUCCUGAACGAAUGAAUAUAAAAACCGUAUAAAGAAAACCAAUUAGGAGCAAGCACUACUUACAAAAGGUCUUCCCCACUUCUGUUUAUUUUCACCUAUACUUUAUGCUUACUAGUUAACUACUCCACUCUUCAAAUCAAGAGUGCUUUGUUUCAUUAGUAAUUCCUUAGGUUAGGUUCUCUGCUAAAUAAUGGAGAAUAAUGAUGUUGAUAGUGGAAGAGAAAGUACGGAGAAGAAGUUGAAGAGUUAUUGUGUAACAGGAGGGACAGGAUUCAUAGGGUCAUGGCUGAUUAAGUCCCUCUUGCAAAUGGGUUACAAGGUCCAUGCUGCUGUGCGCCAUCCUGAGAAGUCAUCACAUCUAUUAAAGUUGGCUGAGGGCAGUGACAGGCUAAGAUUAUUCAAAGCUGAUUUAAGAGAAGAGGGGAGCUUUGAUGAAGCAGUGAGAGGUUGCAGUGGCCUAUUUCAUGUUGCUGCACCCAUGGAUUUCUGGGUACAAGCCACAGAAAAUGUUGACAGCUAUGUUCAAGAAAAUAUCAUAGAGCCUGCAAUCCAGGGGACCUUGAAUGUUCUCAAAUCCUGCUUGAAAUCCAACUCUGUAAAAAGAGUUGUUUUCACAUCAUCAAUCAGUACAGUCACUGCCAGAGACAGCUCUGGGAAGUGGAGAUCUCUUGUGGAUGAAUCUUGCAAGAUACCUAUCCAACAUGUUAAGCACACAAAACCUAGUGGCUGGGUUUAUGUACUAGUAAAGGUUUUGACAGAGGAGGCAGCAUUUCAAUUUGCAAAAGAAAAUGGCAUUGAUUUGGUUUCAAUAAUAACGCCAACUGUAGCUGGUCCAUUCCUCACUCCUACAGUUCCUUCAAGCAUUCAAGUUCUCUUGUCACCAAUAACAGGUGAUCCAGAACUGUUAGCUAUACUAACUGCUGUGAACACAAGAAUGGGAUCAAUAGCAUUAGCUCAUGUUGAGGAUAUAUGUCGCACCCACAUAUUUCUCAUGGAGAACAAUAAAGCGGAAGGACGAUAUAUAUGCUGUGCUCGGAGUUGGGCAAUGUCUGAACUUAUUGAUCACCUUAAGAAAGAGUAUCCUUGCUCUAUUUUAGAGAGGCUAGAUCGAGGAGUAUAUGAUUCAGUGAUCCCGGUUGAGAUAUCUUCAAAGAAAUUGAGAAAUCUGGGAUUUUCUUUCAAGUAUGAAAUCGACGACAUCAUACAAGAAACAAUUAGUAGCUGUAUACAUCAUGGCUUCUUAACCUCUAUUCAAAAGUAAGAAUUGCUUCAUUGUAUGAGAAAAAAGUUUUGACUCUUUUGAGGUAGAAAUAAAUGUUUUCGUGUGAUUGCUAAGUUUGUAGACAACACUAAUAAAGGUGCAACUUACUUCUAAUUGGAAUCUUUGACAUAUGA